GAGGAGUGAAUCGAUUCAUCCAAUUCGAUUCACGUUACCGAUAAAUCGACUGCUUCUCUUGCGGUUCAUCUGUCUCCACAUGAAUUGUUGAAAACAAUCGAAAACAAGUACUUCCUAAACAUGGCAUUUUCACGUGUGGGCGAGAAAAUGUUCGUCAAGGUGUUGUGUCAUCUUCCUACACGCCCAGUAUUAAAUUGUGGGACGAAUGUCAGGAUGUUUAGUAAGGGAUUUACACCACUAAAAAGCAAUGUAUGGUUUCUUAGUUUGGUUGGGAUAGGAACUGGGGCAGUGGUUGGUGCCGGCUACUCUUAUCUGAAAUCCAAAGAGCCGCAGACACCUGUAUUAACUAUUCAAAAGGAUUUACCUACAAUAAAAAGUAUACCAAAAAUGGAAGUGUCUCGCAAGGUAGUAUUUGAAAAUGAUUCUACAGGUUUACGUUUAAAGCUCUUUCAGUAUGCAACAUGUCCAUUUUGUUGCAAAGUUCGUGCAUUUCUGGAUUACUAUGGAAUAUCAUAUGAUGUGAUAGAGGUAAAUCCUGUGAUGAGACAGCAAAUAAGAUGGUCCCAUUACAAGAAAGUGCCUAUAUUAGUAGCUGAGAAUCAAGAUGGAUGUCAGCAAUUGAAUGACAGUAGUAUGAUAAUUUCUGCAUUGAUGUCUUAUAUAAUUGACAAAAGCGAAAGUUUGACAAAUAUAGUUAAUUUUUAUCCAACUAUGCUCUACAAGCAAGAUGGUUAUGAGAAGACUGAAAUUUUAAAUCGUUACUUUUUAAUGUGCCAAGAGAAAAAUCAGGAUGAAAAGACAAAGGAAGCUAUGACGUUAGAGAGGAAAUGGAGACAAUGGGUUGAUGAUACUUUUGUACAUGUUUUGUCACCCAAUGUUUAUCGCACUCGGUCAGAGGCUUUAGAGACAUUUAAUUGGUUCUCUGAGGCUGGUGAAUGGGAAACUCAUUUCCCUGCAUGGGAAAGAAAAAUAGUUAUAUAUGUUGGUGCAUACGCAAUGUGGCUCAUUAGUAAGCGGUUAAAGAAAAGGCAUAAUUUAAAAGACGAUGUUCGCCAAUCUUUUUAUGAUGAAUGUAAUGAAUGGAUGAAAGCUGUCCAUAAGCAAGGAACACCAUUUUUGGGAGGAGAGCAGCCCAAUUUAGCUGACUUAGCAGUGUACGGAGUGCUGAAUAGCAUUGAGGGUAGUCGAGCAUUUAAAGAUGUUCUAUCUCAUACAAAAUUAGGUGUAUGGUAUUGGUCUGUAAAGGCACAAGUUAAUAAGCAUAAAGGAAAUGAUACUUUAAAGCAUUAAUUUUUAUGUAAUAAAAUUCCUAGUCACAUCAAUUUUAUAACUUCACUUUUGAAGAUCAACAGUUGUGAUGUUAAAAAUGACAUUAUUGUCUUCAUUUGGAAGAUUUGCAUAGUGUUUGUCAUUUCUUGUUUAGUCAUAUGAAUGUGCUUAGAGAAAUGCAAGUGGCAUAUUUCCAUUGUAUGAUCAGUAUCAGUGGUGUAAGUUAACAAUUGUUUCAAAACUGAUUGAUUUUGAUUUUAAUUUCAGGAUACAUUAUUGUUGAUCACCUUCUUUAUUCAUCAUCUUCUUUAUUGCUUUAAUUCAUUACAAUUGUUAUAAAAAAUUAAACUUAUUGAAAUAAAUAUUUUGAAAGCA